GAGAAUUUCCUUACAUGAUUAUUUUCAGACGUAUUAGUUGACAAGGAUGGAGGAUAGGGAGAUAAUAUCAAAGUUCAUUACCAGGGGAAAGACUGAUUUGUUGACAACAUCAGAGCUGUUGUCCAAAGAGAAAUCUGAACUAGUGAGCUCCCGUCAGACUGGUCUACAGCAGUUGGAGAAUGAUAAGACUGCUUACUUGAGAAAACUAGCUGAAUCAUUCUCCCAGCUAGGGAUUCAGUUCCGGGAUGCAAUCCAGCAAUCACAGGAUAAUCUCAAGUCGGCUGAAGAAGACUAUUAUCAGUGUUCGGACAAAGUACGUCUCGUUGAGAAAUCUUUUGGGGAAGGAGUACUCGAUGUAAGAACUAUGGAACUACUCUUCCAAUCUCUACUACAGAUUGAAGAGACAGUUUCGAGGAUAAAGGCUGUCAAGAAUCCUACCCUUCGAACUUUGCCGUGCAGACUUGGUAUCCAGGAUAUAGGGUAUCUGGGAACUAGUGGAGUUGAACCUGCAGAUUAUAUUCUUAUUGUGGAAACUGAACAGGCAGAGGCGGUUGUCGGGGCACAGAUCAACCUCAGGAUCAACAGCAAUACCAGCAAAGAACUGAAAGAAUCCUGUCUAGAGAACUUGAAAGUAUCCACCAAGUGUCAGACCUGGAUAGAUCAGAGUAUUGAAGUUGAAGUUAAAGGUCUGCUGUUGGCAGACGGAAACUCCAACAUUAUCUUCUCAUUUCUUCCUCAGAAAGGAGGACUGUAUACUGUAUCGGUGUGUUUGUUCGAGCAGCAUAUAUCAGGAAGUCCAUGUUCACUCCCCAUAUGUCUCUACACUGUACAGCAACCAUCUCAUGCACAACAGCCAGCGCAUGUACAACUCUCUCCGCUUAAAUGUGACAGCUCAACAUCUACUCCAAUCAAAGCAAAUCCUGGAUCAGCAUCAACCGGUGGCGGAAUCGUGACUGAAAGUGGAGACGUUUCUUGCUCUGGUUCCUUUGCAGCAAAGGCGUAUCCUGGUUUAUCAGACACUGGUAGGAGACUACUCUCAUCAACCUUGAACACAUCCUUGACCUUCAAUAAGAGACUAGAGGAGGUGCACGAGACGGAGAUCCUGGAGGGAAAGAAUGCGGAUUUAUCCAUGUCUGAAGAUAAUGCAGCUCAGGUUCAAACAAAGCAUUCUGAAGAAGCAAGUUCCUCUGGACUUCCCGAAAUCUCUACUCCAGUAGCGGUUGUCUCUUCUGAUCAAGAGAAACAUCAAGUAGAUCCUAGCGCUCCUCUUGUAGAUGAUAGUUUUGGAGGAGCUAGACCUAAAACCUUCCUGAGUACAUCUAGCAGUGAAACUAGCUCUCCGGGUGUGUCCGUGCUGCUUCCUGGAACUAAGACCCUUGCAAGGUCCUCUUCAAAAACCUGGAACGCAGGAACUAUAGUUAAGGAGGUGAAGAAGGAACGUUUCCUAGUCGAGUUCCCAGACUCAGAGCAGGAGACCAUUAAGCAGAAGUAUAUAGUGACCAGUAUACAGGAUGUUCCGGCAGAUGGAAUUGUUCAUCCUCAAGCAUUCUCCAGGUUUUCUAAGUCCAUAGAGGAGAUGCCGGCAGAAACAUCAUCUAUUCCGAGUGAUCUACAGGUUGGAGAACAUGUGAUUGCGCGCUGGAACAUGGAUCAAACCUGGUAUAACGCUGAAAUCUUAAAGAUAGAGAAGAACUACUGCACAGCUCUUUUCACCAGCUAUGGGAACCAGGAAAUUGUAAACCAUGUCGUUAGAUGUGUUGAUCUAAUCCCUAAGGAAGAUUUUAUUGAUGAGCAUGUUCUGGUAACCAAACCUGUACCUGAACACGGCUCUCUGGAGACUCAUAUAGCCAAGGAAGCUCUGGCAAUGGGAGCUGCCCAAGAUAAUGGAGCUGCUGAGCAAAAAGAUAUUCUUGAACACGCAGAAUUUGUUCUUGCAAAGUGGACUGAGGACAACACAUGGUACAGAGCACAGAUUCUGACUAGAGAGGAAAAUUCAUGCACCGUCAUGUUCUAUGACUAUGGAAACACAGAUAGUGUGGCGAGGUCAAAUAUUGUUCUAACGCCGUGCAAGAUUCCAGCAGCUGAUUUAAAGGAUGAAAAUAUUGAAAGCCAACCCACAAACAUGGUGUUAGACAUUGUUUCUUCAGAAGUAACUUCAUCACAUGAGACUCAGCUUGAAAAGAUUAUUGAUCCUGUUAAGGAACUCGUCGAGUUGGAAGCGCAUACUUAUGAUCUGAAGGAAGGAGAUCUGGUGCUAGCCAAAUGGGCUGAGGACAAAACAUGGUACAGAGCACAGAUCCAGUCCACUGCUCUUAAUACAGUUACAGUCCUGUUCUAUGACUACGGCAAUGCUGAUAUUGUUGACAAAGCCAGUAUUGUUCACAAGGAGUCUGACAUCCCUGUUUCUGAUUUAAAGGAUGAAAAUCUCGGGUCUGAAAUCCAACAGGUUCCCAAAGACGCGAGUGUCACUGUAGAUCCAACACCUAAUGCUCCUUCUACAACAGAAGCACACGAAUCAAAGAAUUUUGAAGUACUGUCCAGUGCUGAAACCCCUGUCUCCAGAGUACCUAUAGAUGAAGCCUCGCUACAGAAACAAGGCAACCAUGUGUUUGCAAAAUGGGGAGAAGAUCAAACUUGGUACAGAGCUAUAGUAACAUCUUUGUCAGAGGAUAAGGUUUCUGUUCUCUUCAUUGAUUAUGGAAAUACAGAUACAGUUGAUUUGAAUUCAGUACACCUUGAUAGCUCCAGUAUUCCCGAGUCGGAAGAGAAGGAUGAAAAUGUUUAUCUUGGAUUCUCUGAUGUAUCUGGUAGUAGCACAGAACAGUGCUCUCCUACCUCCCCUCUCAACCAGCAGAUGCAUUUUUACAAGGUUGGGGAUAAGGUAUUUGCUCAAUGGUCCGAAGAUGUAACCUGGUAUAGAGCUCUGGUUACAGGUUUCCAUGAAUCAAAAUACAAGGUUCAGUUUAUAGAUUAUGGAAAUGAAGAUGUCGUCACUCUUGAAUGCAUUCAAACUGAUCGCCAGAAAAUACCUUCUGGGGAUAGCUUUGACGAGAAUCUGUACCUUGGUCUUCAUUUUGACACUGCUCUGGAGGGAGGAGCAAAGCAGCUGCAGUUUGAUCUUGAGAAAGAAACUGAACCUCACACCAAGUCUCCAAAGGAAGUCAACAACAAUCUGAAGAUCGAGACUUCUGUAACCUCAGAGCUACAAGUCAAUGAUAAUAUAGAAAGUAAACCUCUUGGAAACAAUAAGACUCCGCCAACUUCUGAAACUAAAUCUCAGAAGAUAGUAGUAAACAGUAACGUAAAUGCUUUGAACAGUUCAACCCAGCAGUAUGAGCUGGGGUUUGUGUUGGAGAAGGCGGAGGACACUGAUUGCUUUACCAUUAUGUUCAUUGCUGCGGAUGUAGUGGAAAUAGUUCAUGUCGACAACAUUAGAAAUCUGGAUGAAAUACAGGAGGAAGAUGAACCGAAUCUUGAAGAAUUCAUUUCAGUUGCUGACCUACUUCUUAAAGAUAAAGGUUGUAUCGCGGACCUACUUGCUAAAGAUGAAGGCUUGUCUGACCUUUCGUCUAAAGAUGAGGGCGUCCCUGACCUAUCUGCUAGAGAUGAAGGCAUAGCAGACCUACCAGCUAAAGAUAAAGGAGGUGCUGAACCAACUGAAGAUGAUGAUUCUUUCCUUCGUAUCUUUCUGAAUCAUCAUGACAAAGAAUUGAAGAAUAGCGGAGGUCUGAGUGCGAACGUAAAACUAAAGAAUCUUUACCUGGAACUGGAGAAGUGGAAUCCUGGAGAUGUUGGAUACCUCCAUGGAACUGUUCAGGUUGUUGUUAAAAAAAGAAGCGCCGACUGCCUUAGUGUUGAGUUACUUGACGGAUCAAUUAAAACCGUCUCUCCCUUCACUAUUUCCUCGAACCUGGUAAAUCAGGCAGUUAAGCCAGAGUUCAAGUAUGCUGAUGCAUUGGAUUAUAGCUCAGAUGAAUCAAACUCAGCUGACUCAUCUGAAUGUGAAGUGUCUCCGCGUAUACCUGGAACUAGACUGUUGCUAAGAAUGCAGGAUGGAUUGCACCGACCUAUAGGAGUAGCUGCAGAUUCUACGUAUGUUUAUAUAGUUUGCAAGGACUCCCAGUCAAUCCGAAAGUUUACCAAGCGUGGAGAGUUUAUAAAGGCGUUCCUGGAGUAUCCUAAACCUAGGCAGCUACUUCAUCUCAAGCAGGGAGGGUUUGUGCUGACCUGCAAGCAGGGUCUGGUAUUCCUUACCCCAGAGUUUACUCCGAUCAAGGUUGUUGAAGGAAAGUAUUGUGGUAUAGCACAGGAUGAUAACAACAGGAUUAUAACUCUUGUUGAAAGGAAAAGGGAAGCUGACCAGCAGAUAGCUCUGAUCAAUUUGGAUAAUUAUGUAAUUGAAUCCAAGAUGAUGGUUAGCAAGGUGAACUCCUGCAAGUGGAUCACCUAUGACAGGGGAUCCCUGUACCUUAGUUGCCCAGGACUGCACAAGGUUGUCAAAGUAAAUAUGGACGGACAAAUUCUGGGAGAGAUGGUUUCAGUUGAUUCUCAGGAUCCUGUAAACACUGAAGAUGAGUUUGCUGUUGUAAAGAUGGAUCCUGCCGAGGUUGUGGUUCUAGAUUCCUCUGGAACUAUGUUCGUGGCGGAUUCUAAAAAUAACAGAGUUCAGGUUUAUAAUGCUGAGUAUGAAUGCUUGGGAUCCCUGGAUAUACCAGAGAUGAGUCUACGCCCCUGUGGAAUGCACCUGGACACCCUGAACAGAAUUCUCUACCUAACCUGUCACUGGUCCAACUCAACCCUCGUGCUACAGCUCGUGCAGUUUCAGGAGUAAUUCAUAGAUUUGAGUUAUUCCUCAUUUAACAAUGUACAUACGACAAAUUGACUGUUGUCUUUAUGGUUUGUUAAUUUCUAGUUAAAACGAUAUUGUAUCACCUUCUUACAAAAGUCGAUAAUUUGUUUGAAGCAGUAUUUUUUUUUAAUAGUUGUACCGGCCCUGUUUUUUUGUUAACGUGUAUUAUGUAACAUGUGAUAUUUUUGUAAAUUUUCAGUUCUCAUUUUCUGUAAUAAACAUUUAUACAGUGUGAA